CAAACAAAUAUUUAAAGCAGAGGGGGAACUUAAACUGCCUCAACCCAUUUGAGGAACUUCUGUACAUUGUAUAUCUACAGUUGACAGAAAGAUUGAACUCUGCCAGUUUAAAAGAUCAGGCAUUCCUAAAUAUUCAACUUUCAGGAACACUGCAUAGAUGGAUCGCUUGUUCCAAACAUUGAUGCUGACUUUCAGUUUCUUCUCAGUGCUGGAGGCCCCGAAGGUCCUGGUUUACCCGCAGGUGACAGGAUACCUGGGCCAUAACGUCACUCUGCCAUGUACCUUCCAGGGUAAUUCUAGUCUUACCCUGGGACACUGGCUGCUAGGAUCAUCCGAAGAGAACGGCACAUCUCUGGGGGUCUUAGACCCUCAACAUGGACUUUACAUUGCUCAAUCAGUCUUGACAGGGAGGGUGAAGUUCACUGAUAAUUUGAUGAAGGGAUUCUCCAUGACUAUAAGUGAUGUGAGGAAGUCUGAUGAGGGAAGGUACACAUGUCUAAUGACUGUAUACCCAGACGGAUCCUUUAAAGAAACAUCCUACCUCACUGUACAGGUCGGACCUGAGACCAUGACCAUACUGGCACCAGAGAUAGCUGAGGUUAGCGCCACCACUCUCCUAUACUGCUACGUCAGGUCGGUGCCACCUGCCAAACUCACCUGGCUCUUCAAAGGGGUAGAAACAGGCGUCCAUGAAGCUGCAUAUGUCAUUGAUGAGAGCAGUCACAGUGACAGUGGGGACUACACCUGCAUUGCCUCUAAUGACGUGACCGGCCACACUCAGAGUUUGACCCACACUCUGACAAUAGAAGAUAGGCCCUCAAGCCCAGCGUUGAGCCCAGGAGCAGCAGCUGGCAUUGCUGUAGCUGUGACGCUGGUUGUAGUGGCCUUAGUUGUGGUCCUCUACUGUGGCCUGACCUACCAUCUGAACACGACAAAAGGCUCCUUAGGCGCAGAUUCUAGAAAUGGUGAUCAGACCUACGCAAACGUUCCAGGUCCAACAACAAGAGGUAUAGAAGCUCCUCCUGCCCCCCGUAGAGUGAGUUAUACUGUCCCCUCCUGCAUCCGGCUUGUGGAAUAAAUAAUAAUCACUGCCUGACUCAAACUCUUGUUUCCAUCUUCUUUAUGGUUUCACGUCCUUGCCAGGAGUCUGAAUAGGACACUGAGAUGUCCAGGUAGGUUACCAGAUUUCUCUCGCAUAGCAACAGAGAUAACUCUUGACAUACCGGAAUGAACCUGGAGACUGAAUUACUGUACCUAGUUCCUGUACUGCAUACUGCCCUUGCACCUUUCUCUCUCUCUCACUUUCUCUGUGUCUCUCUCUGUCAUUGUCCUCACCCCUUUCACCCAGUUAAUACCAGCCCGGCGUGUUCCCACCCCAUCCUCACGGUUGGUUUUGGACAGCACCUCUUCUCUCUAAUAGGGGGUUUGGGACCCCUCUGAACCCCUCAUCCUGAACAUGUACCUACUAUAUGUAGUUAAUUUAAUAAUGUUACACUCCUUAUUUCAGAAUGUACUACUUAACCCUACAAACCCUGCCUGUUUUGACUAUCCCUUGGAAUUCCCUUUUGUACCAUAUUCUGGAGUUCUCUUAAUUAACUCUGCAUUUGGGUUUUUCUUCUGUAAAAAUCAUGACACCUGAUUUAGAUGGACCAUGGCUCCGCCCAUGAUACACUGAACCUGUGACUUGCGUAUGUGUGAGGACCUCAUGGAAAAUCUUGUGGUUUGAGAAAUCUGAGCCAUCCUCAUAAAUCAGAUGCUGUAUUCUCAAGUCUUUCAUCACCAGUGCAUGAAGACCAUUCAAAUGAUAUUUAAUAAUAAAACUCUUUUGCGCUUUUUGAAGUGUUUUGGGGACUACUACUUUCAACAACAUUUGAUAAUAAACUGUUAUUACAUAAA